AUGAAGCAACAAGGUAAGACAAUAAAAGAACCUAUUAAGCAGCUCCCAUAAGAGUCAGCUGAUGCUAAAAAGAAAUAAUAAUAAAGCAACAGUAACAAUGUUUAGUAGGAAAAGAUUGCAGUCAAAGAAUAAAAUCAAUUAUAGGGAUAGAGUAGUAAAUAAAAUGCAAAAGAUUAAAAAAUAUAGCUAGCUCCUUUAAACCCAUAAGUUUAAAAUAAGAAAUUAGAGAGCUCAAUGCUCAAUGAAUCAAAGUUAUAAAUGUCAAGAUCAAUGCAAAAUUUAAGCAAUAGGACACUUAAUAAUAAAACUAUUAGAUAUCUUUCAAAUUUAGAUCCAAUUGAAAUUCUUCCAUCAGAAAUCAUUUUUAAAGAUAUUCAAGUUAAUUAGACUUAUGAAAUAUAAGUUUUUGUUCGUAAUCUUACAAAAACUACAAGAAGGAUUAGAGUAUUUUAGCCUUAAUCAACUAAAUUUAGAAUAGACUAUGGCGUUAUUGGUGGAAUAGCUGCAGGUUUAGCAAUUAAGCUUACAGUUUCAUUUGAAACUUCGGUUUUAGAAGAUGUGCAUGAUUAUAUGAAAAUUGUUUCAGAUAAUGGUUAUGAAAAAGAUAUUCCACUUCACGCAUAUGUUUCUAGUGGCUAAGUUAUUUUUGAACCAUUUAUAAAUUUAGGUUUUAUCAAGUUGGGAAAAGAAAAAAGAGAGGAGAUUCUCUUUAAAAAUGAAGGAAAUGCUCCUGCUAAAAUUGAUUUAAAAACUUCUGAUGUGAAUGAAAUUUAAUUUGAAACACCCUCUUUUACUAUAAAGCCAGGGUAAGAAUAUAGUGCUGCAUUUAAAUACACUCCAAAGGACGCAGGUAUUUACAGAGGAGUUAUUGAGAUAGUUACAGAUGCACAAUGUCUGCAAAAACAUAUAGAUAUAAAUGCAACUUCAGUAGAUUUUACUAGAUUUAUUAUUGAUGAAAAUGGUAGUUAAGUAUCGUAAUUUGAUUUUGGAACUUUUUAUUAUGGUCAAAAAAAAGCGAUUGUCGGAUAUUUAGUCAACAACACUCCUAAAAAGUAUAGAUUUAAAACUAGAUUUAGAUUUGGGUUACUUUACUCGUUAGAUGAUAUGACUAAUGUUUAGCCACCCAAUAUAGUUGGUAGAGAGUAAACUGAAAAAAUUAUGUAUUGUGAGCCUUCUGAAGGAAUAAUAGACAGUUAUUCUUAGGUUGAAUUAAUGUUUAAAUGCUAGUCAUAAGUUGAUUAUUAAAAUUUGUUAUGGGCUUAAAAAUAUUGUCUUGAAAAGGAUGAACUAACUCCUAAAAUUUAAGACUAAUUUUAUUCUGCUAUUUUUGAAUUUGAUGGUGAAUAAUAAGAACCUUUAAUACUCCAUUUAUCUGGUAGAGGUAUUUGCCCGAUGGUGAAAUUCUCAAAAACUUUAUUAUAAUUUGGAGAAUGUUUAGUUAACGAUUACAGAGAUAUUAUUCUAGUCCUUGAAAAUAGAAACAAAGAUUUACCAAUAGAUAUUAAUAUUUAAAAUACACCUGGAUUUCAGUUUGAACCAAAAAAGUUUACAAUUUAAGAAGGAGGAUAAGUUCCGAUAACUGUAAGAUUUUAGCCAAAGAGUGUUGGAAAGUUUAACCAAAAUAUGAUCAUUAAACUUGUUGAAAAUGCCUAUGAUGUCAAAGUUAAACUUUAUGGAGAUUCGACCGAAAUAGGUCUAAGGCAUAACUAAUAAAGAGGACCAGAAAGUUUGCCUGAAGAUUUCUUUAUGGAAAGCAAAAUUAUAGAUGAAGAAUCAAUACAAUUUAACUCAAUUAAAAAGAAAUUUGAUUAAUCAAGCAUUUCAUCUUAUCCUAAAUACCUUGAAUCUAUUCUUGAUACAACUUAAAUAGCUAAAAUAGAAGAAUUCAAAAAGAGUUUUGAUAAUAGACAAAAGUAUAACAAUGAGUUAAAAGAGCAAAGACAGCAAAGAUUGAAAAAAGAAAAAGACUAAAAAGUUUAAGAAAAGUUUUAAUAAAUUAAAGAAAAACUUAGAUUAUUGGGAUAUGACGAUGGUGAUAGUAAGGAAAACGAUGAAGAUGAUGAAAACAAAAAACCAAUAGGCAAUAAUCCAUUUAAAGAUGCACCUAUUGAUUAUGAGUAUGAAGUUGGUAUGGUAGACUCUAAAGUAGAACCUCCUUCAUUAAGUUUACCUGAAGCAAAAGAAUCAUUGUUUGUUACUAAACCUAUUGAUGACUAUGAACCAUUUAAGUAAGAUGACAUCAAAAAUUUUGAACCAGACCCUAAUAUACCUGUUAAAAAGAAAUUUUCUAGUGAACCUAAAAACCAUUCUGAAAUAAGAGAUGUCAACACAGUUUUAGAUGGGUUUUAAUUACAAAAGGUUUUUGCUGGGCCUAUUUAUAUUGAAUUUGGAAACGUUUAUGUUAAUUCAGAGAUGGUCAAAACCUUUAGAGUUAGGAACGACUUGAGGGCUGCUAUAUCUGUUAGAUUAUUUACUGAUCGCUAGGAAUUGAAAAAAACUUAUUAAAAAGCAUAAAUCAUUCCAAGUGGACAAACAGCUGGUUUUGAAAUCGUUUUAAAUUCUCGAAACCUAGGCCCAUUACGUAGCAACAUUAAGUAUUUCAUAAACGAAAAGCAUUCGUUUGAAUUCUAAAUUGUGGCAAACAUAGAGCUUGUUAAGAUUGAAAUAUCUAAACCUUUGCUUAAAAUGAGUUUUGGAGAAGAUAAUAUAGAAAUGAGCACUAAAGAAACUAUUAAAUUAGUUAAUAAUGGAAAUGCUCCAGGUAAGUUCAAGUGGCAUACAAAUAACUCUAAGAUAUUCACUAUUACUCCAGAAGAAUCUAUUGUUUAUCCUUAGAAGCCAGUUGAAUGUACUAUUGUUUAUAAGCCAUCUUCUGUUCAACAAAUAGCAAAUACUUCCUCAACUGGUGCAAGCUUUUUGCAGUCUACGAAUCAAACAUCUGUCUAGGCAAUAACAAGAACCGAAGAAGAAAAGUUAAUUCUGAAAGUAACAGAUGGUAUUGAGUAACAGCUUAAAUGCAUAGGAUCGUAUACUGAAGCAAAAUGUUCUCUCAAAUAAUAGUCUUUAGAUCUAAAAGAAAUAUGUGUGGCUUAACUGAUAGAAAGAACCUUUGAAAUAAAAAAUAACAACAGAUAACCAGCUGUAUUUUGUAUAGAGGAAUCAAAAUUACCUGAAGGAGUUAUUAUUUCUUAAAUGAAAGGUAAAAUUGGGAGUGAUGACACAAAGGUUUUGAAUUUAAAGUUUAGCUCUAAGAAAGAGUGCAAUAUUAAGGGUGAUAUUGUAAUUUUAAUUAGAGGAGGAAAGACUCUGAAGUUGCCUUUUUCUGUUUCAACUAUUAUCCCAGAUAUUCAAAUCAACUAGGAUAAAUUUGAUUUUGGAAACAUAACUACUUUAGGUAACCCUGGAUAGCUUGAGAUGCAUCUAACCAAUAAUUCUUCGAUUACUGCGGAGUUAGUUUUAGAUUUGAGAUACGAUGAGGAAAAAGAUGGUAUGGAUGAAGAAAAAGAUGGACUUGAUUGCCUCGAUGUCGCAUGUUUAGAAUAAGCAGAUGAGAGUAUUUUACACUCUAUAGCUGAUCAUGAAGAAGAACAAUAAUAAAUUGAUUCAAAAUCAAAAUAAAAUGCUAACUAACAUAUUAACAAUAACAAUAAUGCUGAUGAUGAAUUUGAUUAAGAGAAUUUAGAUGUGUCAGAGUAAUCUGAGGACGAAGAAGAAGAAACCAAGCUGUGCAAAUAUUAUUCUUUAACAAUAUAACCAGGAUAAACCCUUCAUUUCCAACUAAAAUUCUCACCUAAAAGUUUCAAGUAAUAUAAGUUUUUGUUUCCAAUUUAGCUAAGAGGAUAUGGCCUGAUUGAUGGCUUAAAAAGAUUUAUCUUUUGCCGUGGUUUGAAGCCUAAGUUUUUAAUUGAUCCCUAAGUCUUAGAUUUCGGUAAAAAGAUUAUCACAGCUCCUGAUAAACAAUCAAUAGGAAAGUAGUCUAUUCUUUCAUUCUCAAACCCUGACAAAAAUUCUGUUUCUUGGUAUGUUGAUACAAACGUAUUAGGUAAUGACCGUAUAUUUGAUAUUCGUCCUGAUCAAGGUGAAGUAGGACCUGGAGAAUCGAAGAAUAUCUCAGUAUUUUUUAAUCCGUUUGAACCAGGUGUUUAUGAAAAAUAGAUCCCAUUGUUUGUUAAAGACCCUGAUAUGAAGAUUAACAGUUCUUACAUCGAUAUUACAUUGAAAGGAGAAGGUGCCUUCCCUAAGUUGCUUUUUGACAGAAAAGAAAUUAUUUUACCAGUAGUUCCUUUAGGUGUUGAAGCAAAGUGCGUUUUUAGAAUUAUCAAUAGUGGAUAUGAAAAUCUUAACUUGAAAUAUAAAAUAGUGGAUGAUAUUUCUAAACUUAAUAUUGAUCUAGCCUUUCCUGAAGGUAAGAAUCUUGGUAUUACUAAAAAUAAAAUUAAAGUAGAAGCCACAUUUUCCAGUAAAAAACCAAUAUCAUUUACCACUCGAAUUGAGUUUUAUGAUGAUGCAGAAAGAAGCUAUGAUAUAUAAAUUUCAGGCACUACAGAUAAUUCUCUUUUUACAAACUACUCCUAUUUCUAGAGAUGUGCUGGAGAGUUUAAAAUUGAUUUAGAGCAUGACAGAUCUCCAUUAAAGCUUGAAGUAGAUGAAGAUGAUUUGGAUUCAAUAGAUGGACUCUCAGAUGGUAGGGUUGGCAAAGCUGCAGCUAAAAAAAAGGUAACAGGAGGAGCUUAAAGCGUCGUUUCAGCAAAGACCCUCUCAUCUUAUGGCUCUUCUAAAUCGACUAAAUCAUUGCUAGGAUAUUCUCCUAUUCCAACAUAGUAUUUAGAAUAAAAUGUAGAAUUUUUAUGCAGAUGGCUUAACUUUUAUGUCUUAACAUAAACCAUUUAAAAUUUUCCUAAUUCUAUAAUUGAAAGUAAUGGGGCUUAAGUGUUUGAUAUUCUUACUUAUCUAUCUGGCAAGACGGCAUUUAAUUUCAAGGCUAACAUAGACUUUUCAGCUAAGAGACUUGAAAAAGUUGAAAAAUUGUAUAAGCAGUAUGAUGAGUUAAUUCGCACAUUAAAAAUCGAAGGGGCUUUAUUGAAUCAUAUAAGACCAGAAUAUUUAUUUAGUUAUAACGAUUAUCUCUUUUAUUUAAAGACACUCCCAGAAAAAAAGUAAUAAAACUUAACACCUUCUGCGCUAAAAAUGCCUGCUUUAAGGUUUUAAUACUAGUCAAUAGAGGCUUGGACAAGUUUAAUUUAUUAGAUGAUCAAAAUUUAUUAUUUAUCAAGAAUUAAUCCGAAAACAUUUAAAUCUGUUCCUGGUCUUCCACCAGAGAAAGCAUAAAUACCAGAAUAUAUAGAAGGUAGUAAUUUCAUAAGUAGUUCUGAGGCUCUCUUGCUGAAUUGGUUUGAAAUCCAUAAUGAAAUCAUUCAUCCUAUACAAAAGAGAAGAAUACGUAAUUUUGAUGAGGAUUUUUAAGAUGCAAAUCUGUAUGCUUCUGUAAUUCAAUCAUACGUUGGAAAAUCUUGCUACAAAUAUUUUAAUACAAUGAAAUCGAGUUGUUCAAGUGAUAUAGAAAUCAAUUACAAUGCCGAAAAGCUUAUUUAAGGAUUAACAGAAAUAGGUAUGCAAACACAUCUUAAUGUUAAAGACAUAGUAAAACCAUCGAUGAGAGAAACUCUAUUGUUUUGUAUUUAGCUAUUUUUCUCUCUUCCCCACUACAUUCCCAAAGGAUAACCAAUAAUCUUUUAAUGUGUGCUUGGUGAAGAAGUAGUAAAAAAUAUUGAGUUGCAAAAUCCAACAAACAAGCCAAUAAGUUAUUGGGUCUAAUUAGAACCUCAAGGAGGUGAUUUUUCUCUUGAAAGCGAUGAUAAUUUUGUUAUUGAACCUAAGUAAACAUUUAAAUUUAAAGUUAAAUUUACCAGUAGAAUAUCUGAAUCUGUGACAGGCCGUAUUAGAUUUACUAACAAAAAAGAAAGUAACGUAAGUGCUGCUGCACUUGUUUUUGAAUUAAAAUCUUAAGUGAUUGGAAGAAUAUCUGAAAUAAAUUGGACUGUUAAUGCAUAGCUUUAUGAAACAGUUGAAAAGUAGAUUUAAGUUACUAAUAAAUUCCCAAGUGAGUCAGGAGAAUUUAUGAUUAUCAUCACACAAGAAAGAUUCAAAAAUGCUGAAGAAAUGAAAAAAAAGCGUACUAAUAAAAAAUCUUUGACUGCUCAAGGUGAUUAGUAAUCACUAUCAAAUAUUAAUGAUAACACAGCUCUUGCUCCUUCUAAAAAGCAAGAAAACGAAAUAUUUCCCUCUUUCUUUUGCUAAAAAGCUUCUAUUCGCUUAAAAAAGGGUUAGACAACAACUAUAACAAUAAUUUUUAUUCCUUUAGUCAUGGAAACACAAAAAUGUUUUAUUAUUUUUAAAGACCCUAAUGUAGGUGAAUUUUAGCAUGAAAUGAUUGGAACAGUUGAAAUGCCAUCGCUUUUACCAGAUAUUAUUCGCUUUCCCUUAACAGGAUAUCCAACAAUUUUUGUAGACGAGAAUUCAUAAUAAGAAGUUGAAAUACCUUUUGCAAAUGACCCUAUGUUAAAAGCUAGAAAGUAAGUAGAACAAUUAAUAGUUGAGAAGAAUAGAGAUAAAUAUAUGAGGGGAGAUAAAACUUAGGUUAUAAGACCUGAGAAAUUGAAUUUCCCUGGUGGAAAUCCUGAUAGUGUAUAAUAUGAAAUAGAAAUGAAUCCUCCAAAUUCAUUUAUCUCAAUUAAAAGCUAAUUUGUUGUCAUAAAUCCAUUCAGAUUCACCAAGAGUAAAUAGGAAAAAUAAGAAAGAAAUACUGGAGAGUCUAAGAAGGCGAACUAAAAUCACACUGAAGAAUCAGGAAAUGUUUUGUAAGCUAACUAAACAGGAUAAGCGUUUGCAAGCUAAGGAGUUAAUAAAUAUCCCUUUUAAUUCCUUUUCAAAUAGCCUGUAAAAGACUAUAAGUUCAAUUUGACUUUUAAGAAUGCUUAAAAAACUGAUAUUCGUAGAUAUAGAUGCGAAAUUACUGUUUUCCCAAAACCCAUAAAGGCAACAUUAGAGUUUAGAGUUCCUGCAAGGCACAGCACAACAUAAGAGAUUCCAAUUAUAAAUAAUACAGAGAGAGAUUGGAAUAUAAAAGUAAAUUUAAUUUAAGAUGCCAAAAAUGCACUACUAUUUACUGCUCCCUCUCAUAUUUUGAAAGACUUUUUCGUUAAGAAGAAAAGUACAGGUGUUUAUCCUAUAACCUUUUCUCCUAAUUGGCUCGUUUAAGCAGAAUCUAAGCUAAGCUUAUUCAACCCUCUCACUAAUGAUUAAUUUGAAUAUGACCUUAAAGGAUUUGGUGAAGAACCUGUAGCAGAAGACCACAUAGUUAUCAGUUGUAAAGCUAAGUAGCCAACAACUAAAGAAAUCGAAAUUCGUAAUCCGUAUACAGAUAAGGAAAUAGUUUAUAGAGUAGAAACAGAUCUUAUAAAUGCAUCAGGACCUUCUUCUCUGGCUAUAAAACCUGGAAAAAGGGCAAAAUAUGUCCUUACUUUGAAUCCCAUAUUAAGUGGAUAAUACACUGGAUCAAUAACAUUUUAUGAAAAUGACGAAAAAUAUUUAUGGUACACUGUACUCUUGAAUACAGAAAGCCCAAAACCAGAUAAAUGUAUUGAGAUGAGCACAUAAGUGAGGUAGGCUGUCACAUUUAGUAUUGAAAUAAAAAAUCCAUUAAGCUAAGAUGCAACUUUUGAAGUUAUGAUUAAUGGUGAAGGAUUAAUAGGUGAUACAUUAUUUAACUUACCUGCAAAGUCAGAGGGAAAUUAUGAGCUUAUUUAUUCUCCUCUCGUAGUUGGGCGAUAAAGAGGUUCAAUAGCUUUCAUAAAUGAGUUGCUUGGAGAAAUUUGGUAUGAGUUAAGUUUAACAUGUGAAGACUAGCCACCAGUUAGAAUGAAUGUGUUAAGAUGCGAACUUGGAAAAGUAGAAGCGCAUUAAAUAUUUUUAGAAAAUCCCUCUGAAAAGGAAGUUAAAGCAACAACAAAGGUUUCAAAUCCAACUAACUUUGAUGUAAUACCAGACAACAUAAUUUUAAAACCUCUUUCGAAGACACCUAUACAAAUUAGAUAUAUGCCUUCAAAUCUUGAAGUUACAGAAUAGGGAGAAGUUACAAUUUCAACACAAGAAAUUGGAAAAUGGAAAUUUUUAACUUUUGGAAUAGGUAUACCUCCAACUAAAUUUGAGCCUAGAUUGAUUUCAGUAGGCCUUAAUAAAGAUUUUUCUACAACAAUUCACUUCAAAAAUCCAUUUAAAGAGAAUAUAAAUGUAACAAUCACGUUAGAAGCUACUGGUGAAAAUAAAGAAGUCUUCAAAUUACUUACAAAAACUAAGAAAAAUGAAGGAGAAAAAUCAGUUAUGCAGGUUCCUGGAAUGAAUGUCAUUUAAAUUCCAUUUUCGUUUGUCCCUAGAGAAAUAAAUUGCUAUUAUUGUGAAAUUGUAGUUUAAAUGAAUGAAAAAAUUGAAUGGAGAUAUCCUAUUAAAGGUGUUACAGAGAGCGUAGUAAACUAAGUUAUUUACCACCUAAAGACUUAAUGUAGAUCAACAGUUGAAGAAGAAAUGAAAAUUUAACUACCUGGAAUAAUGUCCUUUAUUACAAAUGAAGAUAAGUUUGAGUUUGAACUUGAUGGCAUUUCUGACGAAUUCAACACUUUGAUUAGAUAGAGUUUACAAAUAAAGACUGUUAAAAAUUACUUGACAUCUUCAAAUGAUCAUCUUGAGUUCCAAGCUAAAUUUUCACCCUUAAAGCCUUUCAAAUAAACAAUUGAUUUUAAUAUAUUAAGACAAGCUGGUGGGCGCUGGAAGUUUAAAAUAACUCUUGAAGCUACUGAACCAAAAGAAGAUGAUAUUAUAAUAAUUAGUUCGCCACUUCAUAAAACAACAAGUGUUACUUUUAAACUAACAAAUAAGUCCAAGAGUUUUACUCCUUUUACUGCUUCAUUUACUCCAGAUAGUGAUGCUGAAUUUACUGUUAUGCCCAGGUCUGGGAAUUUAGAAUCUUACGGUAGAGAAGGAACUACAUUUAUAGUAUCUUUUACUCCUAUUGAAUAUGGAAAGACAAGACAGGGUAAGCUCAUAAUACAGACAGAUGAAAUGAUGUGGAGUUAUUUAGUUAAGGGAACUCUACCAAAAUAUAAUCCUCCAUAAAUAGAAUAAAGCAUGAUAGAUAAUAAACUUGAUAUAGAUUUAAUCUCUAAAUCAGUGCAUAAUAAUCAUUCUAAAAACUUUAUGGCUGAAAAUGUCAUAAAAAUGAAAAAUUCUUAAGUAGAGUCAAAUAUGAAAUAACUUUAGAAACACAAUAGUUCACUUUCUCUUUAGCUCAGAAGCAAAAAAUUCUGA